AUGUGGAAGGAGAAGGAAGAAAGGAAGCGUUACCCCACAGCUCAAGCUCCCCACAGUACUGUCAGACCCCAAGCUCCCCACAGCACAAGCUCCCCACAGCACAAGCUCCCCACUGCACAAGCUCCCCACAGCACAAACCCCCACAGCACAAGCUCCCCACAGCACAAGCUCCCCACAGCACAAGCUCCCCACUGCACAAGCUCCCCACAGCACAAACUCCCCCCAGCACAAGCUCCCCACAGCACAAGCUCCCUCACACCACAAGCUCCCCACAGCACAAACUCCCUCACACCACAAGCUCCCCACAGCACAAGCUCCCUCACACCACAAGCUCCCCACAGCACAAGCUCCCCCACACCACAAGCUCCCCCACACCACAAGCUCCCCACAGCACAAACUCCCCACAGCACAAGCUCCCCACAGCACAAACUCCCCCCAGCACAAGCUCCCCACAGCACAAGCUCCCCACAGCACAAGCUCCCUCACACCACAAGCUCCCUCACAGCACAAGCUCCCCACAGCACAAGCCAGCAGGCUGUGCUACAGGGCGACAGAGGGACCAUUUUACCCAUCAGCCUCGUGGCGUCAGCAGCAGCAGCAGCAGCAGCAGCACUUACGCCAUGGAAACAUCACCUCUGCAAGAGCAGGCUUGCAACAUGUGCUAGAUCAAACACGUGGGAACCAGCGGGCAAGCGAAGAGCGGCAGUGAAGGGGACAACCACUGGCAAAAGCACCAACCUUCGUGAGAACUACGACUGCAGCUCUCCGUGUCCAUCAUGGAACCUGCCCACUGCACAAACGACGCUAGUCAAGGGUUCUGUGAAAUUUUUGCCUGAAAGCAACCUGCAACAAAAUUAA